AUGCCAACAGACAAGGAAAUCGAGACUAGUCUUCGCGAUGCCGUUCGUGCAUGGUACAAGAAUCCCACCGAUGACCCACCAACAGUCAACAUCAUAAGGGGAGCAGCACGCGACGAGCUCGAAUUAGACGAAGAUUUCUUCAAGGAUGACAAAUGGAAGUCGCGGAGCAAGAAUAUCGUUCAAGAUCAGUUUGAGCAGAGUAGUGCUCAGCAAGACGAGCAGAAACAAGAACAAAAGGCGGAAGGAAAGGAACAGAAGCAGGUUCUAAAGAGAAGCUCAGAAUCCGCAGACAUUAGGCCGAGGAAGAAGAGCAGGUUGUCAAGUAUACAGCAGGAGGACGAAGAAGAAGAGUCUACUGCUUUGAGUGAGCCACCAGAAAGUGACGAGGAGCUAAGUGAGGAAGAGGAUGUAAAACCAAAGAAGAAGACCCAAAAGAAAAGCUCGAUAUCUUCCGCUAAAGUUUCGAAACCAAAGCCACCGAAGCAGACACAGGCUAGGGCUAAGAAGAAACAGGCCUCACCUGAAUCUUCUGAUGCUUUGUCGCCAGCUGAGGAUCCUGAAAAGGAGGUACAACCUCGAAAGAAGGCCACUAACGACGACACGUCCAGCGAGCUCUCCUCUGUGAUCGACGAGCCAGCUGCGCCUAAACGAAAAUCGAAGGCGAAGAACGGUGAAGGUAAAGCAGCGGCCAAGUCUACCAAACCCUCCAAAUCGAAGUCUACUGCUGAACCCGACCCUAAUGCCGAAGAGAUCAAGCGUCUUCAGGGCUGGCUUGUCAAGUGCGGUGUCCGCAAAGUUUGGGGCAAAGAGCUCAAGCCUUACGAAACUCCCAAGGCUAAGAUUUCACACUUGAAAGAGAUGCUGUCAGAUGUCGGUAUGACUGGCAGAUUUUCUAAUGAAAAAGCUGCACAGAUUAAAGAGGCAAGGGAGUUGGCAGCGGACAUCGAGGCCGUGCAGGAAGGCAACGAGAGAUGGGGCAAGGCAAGCGAUGAUGAGGAUGACGCUACUGAUGAUCGGCCGAAGAGGCGGGUGGUGAGAGGUGCCCAGAAUUAUGCCUUCUUGAGCUCGGAUGGUGAGGAGACUGAUUGA